UAUUACAUAUUUAUUAUUAUCUCGAUUUGGGGAUUUCUCUCAUUGGGUUUUAUUCUCAAAUCGAUUGAUUAUUAUAUAUCUUUUCCCUCUCUGAAUUUAUUCCUUCCUUAUAGGAAUCAAAACUCAGACUGGUUGAUUCUUAUCUAUCUCUCUUAUUUGCUCAAGUUGUGGGGCUCACUUCUUAUGAAGGUUUGGAGUUUUACCUUGAAAAUGGGAUGUGCUAUGGAAUUCAUAACUGGUACCUGUGUUAGAUCUAUUGACAAUGAAAUUUUAGCUAAACAAUGGGAUAGGUGCAAUUCUGUUGUUCUUUCAUGGAUUUUAAGUUCUGUUACAGAAGAGUUAUACUUGGGACAAAUUUUUUCAAAGAAUGCACAAAAUGUUUGGGAAGAACUUAAGGAAACAUAUGAUAAAGUUGAUGGGUCAAUAAUCUUUAAUCUACAUCAUAAAAUCCACUCUUUAUCUCAAAAUGGGAAGCCUCUUUCUGAAUAUUAUCAUAAUCUGAAUUCUCUUUGGAAACAAUUUGAUGCUCUCACUAAGUUACCUUCAUGCACUUGUAAUGCUGCUAAGGAAAUUCAAGAACACAAUCAACUCUUAAAAUUAAUGCAAUUUCUUAUGGGCCUUGAUGAUCACUACCAACUAGUUAGGAGUAAUAUCUUGACCAGAGUCCCUAUACCCAAUGUGAAAACUGCCUUUGCCAUCAUAUCAAGGGAAGAGUCACACAGGGGUGUGACUUCUGCUGAAAAUGUGGCUAAACCUCACAACACUGCCUUCAUUGCUAAGUUUGAUAAUGGAAAAAGAAACUUUGGUAUCAAAAAUUUCAAGAACAACUUUGAAAGUAACAAAAGUUUUGAACAAUUUAAGCCUUUUGACAAAAACAAGUCUUUUGAAAGGAGGGGUCCUAAUACUUCACUUCAGUGCACAAAAUGCAACAAGUUUGGCCACACCAUUGAUAGAUGUUUUGAAUUGGUUGGAUAUCCACCUGGAUAUGGGAGGGACAGUCAGUCAAGAAGGAAUGGGUCCACCUAGGGUUCUUAAUAUUCCUUAGGAUUUUGUAGCCGUUGUCAGUGUCUUUCAUUAAAAUGUAACCGUUAAAUGAUUUCUGGGUUUGUGUCUUUCAUUAAAAUGUAACCGUUAAAUGAUUUAUGGGUUUGUUCAUCUUUACUAGUCUUUAUGUUUUAAGUAAGAAAACUAUUUCUAGCUUUCUGGUUAAUGUAAUAAAGUGCUUGGAACAUUCUUAGUUAUAUAUAUAAAUCAUUAGUUUUAGUAGUUUCUACAGUAAGCUCCUUGCAACACCUCCAAAAGUUGAAGCUAUUAAACAUAACUCCAUACCCGGAAGCAACAAGAUCAUGCAAUCCAGUUCUGUUUCCUGAGAAUAUUAGAAAAUUGAUGUUGUCAAAUACGGGAAUGGAAUGGGAAGAAAUGUGGACUUUCUCCUUGCUACCCAACCUUGAGUCUUUCAAGUUAGAACUUCAUGAAUGCAUGGGAGAAAUAUGGGAGACAGGGGAUGCAGAAUUUCCACAGCUUAAAGUGUUAAAAAUGCAUGAUCUGGACAUAAAAAUUUGGGUUGGUUCCAGGGAUAACUUCCCUUGAAUACAACGUUUAGUGAUUCAUCAUUGCUCAAACCUCAACAGUAUACCAUUUGAUCUAGGGAGUAUUUUAACAUUUGAUCUAGGUAGCAUUUCUGCACAUAACUCUGCUAUAGAAAUCCAAAAGGAGCAAGAGAAUGAAGGAAACACUUUCUUGAAAGUCUAUGCAAAGCCAGAGUUAGAAAUCCAGAAAGAGCAAUAGUAGUGGCAUUGGCCUUCAUUUCAAACUUUUCACCUUUGCUGUAAGAAAUUUCGUAUAAACUGUAAUGUUAUUAAUAAUGCUGUAGCUGUUGGGUAUGUGACAUGAUAUAAUUAAGCUCAAUUUUGUUCUUUUGUA